AUGGUACCAGUAGCAUACAGAUGCUCGUGGUACCAUUCCUUUGGUACCAUACGAGCUAGAGGAAUGGUACCAGGAGCAUCUGUAACUAAAGGAACGGUACCAAGAGCACCUGUAACUAAAGGAACGGUACCAAGAGCAUCUGUAACUAAAGGAACGGUACCAAGAGCACCUGUAACUAAAGGAACGGUACCAAGAGCACCUGUAACUAAAGGAACGGUACCAAGAGCAUCUGUAACUAAAGGAACGGUACCAAGAGCACCUGUAACUAAAGGAACGGUACCAAGAGCAUCUGUAACUAAAGGAACGGUACCAAGAGCAUCUGUAACUAAAGGAACGGUACCAAGAUCAUCUGUAACUAAAGGAACGGUACCAAGAUUAACUAUAGCCAGGGAAAACGGUAUACAAACGGGUGGUAUCCAAGCACAACGGUAA